GGGGGCGGAGGAGCGGGGGGGACGGUGUCGGCGGUGACACCGAUGAAGCCGCCGCCACCAGCAGCAGCGAGCGGAGAGCGGCCUGAGGGCAGCGCUCAGAGCGACACCCGGCGCCCCUGACCAGCCGACGGCCCGCACACCACCGCUCGCCCGCCUACUCGCUCCCGAGGCGGUUUCCUGGCAAAUUAUUUUGACGGUUUUUGAUUUUUUUUCGCCCUCUAUCCAGCGCCGAGCUAUGAGUUUAACCUCCUCCUCGCCGACGGCAUCCGGAUCGUUCACCACUCGGGAGAUUACAUGGCGGCUGCUGCUGGGCUUUAGCCAGGAAGAAUGAACACGCUCUGCGCGCAGUAUUUACGGCAAGCAGAGGCCCUUAAGGCUGAUAUGACAGAUUCAAAGUUGGGUCCGGCUGAAGUCUGGACUUCCAGGCAAGCUCUGCAGGACCUCUACCAGAAGAUGCUGGUCACAGAUUUAGAGUAUGCAUUGGAUAAGAAGGUGGAGCAGGACCUCUGGAACCACGCCUUCAAAAAUCAGAUUACAACACUACAGGGUCAGGCCAAGAACCGAGCCAAUCCUAACCGCAGUGAGGUACAGGCCAACCUUUCGCUCUUCUUAGAGGCAGCUAGUGGCUUUACACACAGGUGAUUGCUGCAAGAGUUGUGCACAGUUUUCAAUGUGGACCUCCCUUGCCGUGUUAAAUCUUCACAGCUUGGAAUCAUCAGCAAUAAACAAUGCAGCACCAGUGGAAUUGUGAAACCCCAACCCAGCUCUUGCUCAUAUAUCUGCCAGCACUGCCUUGUACAUCUUGGAGACAUAGCUCGAUACAGGAAUCAGACUAGCCAGGCUGAGUCUUAUUACAGACAUGCAGCUCAGCUUGUUCCUUCAAAUGGUCAACCGUACAAUCAGCUGGCAAUUCUGGCUUCCUCUAAAGGUGAUCACCUUACUACCAUUUUCUACUAUUGCAGAAGUAUUGCUGUCAAAUUUCCAUUCCCAGCUGCUUCUACUAAUCUACAAAAAGCGCUUUCUAAAGCUUUGGAAAGCCGUGAUGAUGUGAAGACUAAAUGGAAUGUUUCUGACUUCAUAAAGGCUUUUAUUAAAUUCCAUGGUCAUGUAUAUUUGACUAAAAGUUUAGAGAAGUUGUGUAUGCUGAGAGAGAAGCUGGAAGACCAGUUCAAGAGACUUCUUCCUCAGAAGGCGUUUAGUUCUCAGCAACUCGUACACCUCACAGUCAUUAAUCUGUUUGAGUUGCAUCAUCUGCGUGAUUUCAGUACUGAAUCUGAUGACCAUUGCUAUAGUCAGGAAGAAUUACUAUGUUGGACGCAACUCCUGGGUCUCUUCAUGUCUUUUCUUGGAGUGAUGUGCAAGUGUGCACUGCAGGAUGAGAACCUCAAAGAAGCCUUGGGUGAAUGCCCACUACCAGCUGUUAAAGUUUCAUUGGACUGGCUGAAACUCAGACCCAAUGUCUUUCAGGAGAGUGCAUUAGAAGAGAGGCAGCACAUUUCCUGGAUUGUAUCAUUGCUGAACAGUUUUCAUCCACAGGAAGAUGAUUUGUCCAGUUUUAAUGCUACUCCACUUCCUGAAGAAUUUGAACUGCAGGGAUUCCUUGCCCUCAGACCUUCACUAAGAAAUCUGGAUUUCUCGAGCGGGCACCAAGGAAGUGGAGACAAGGAAGGGCAGCAACUAAGGACACGCCAUCAGCGAUUGCUUGCUUUGGGAAAGUGGAUAGCAGAUGUGCAGUUUAAAUUGGUAUCAUGCAGAAAUGAAGAAGGUAAACUACUGUUUGUAACUGACAUCCCAGAACUCGCUAGUGAAGAGUCAUCUGAAACAAAGGAUAGCCUGAUUUUGCUGGAACCUCCCUUUUCAGAACCCACUAGUGUUGAGAUUGGUCAAGGUUUAAAAUCUGUUUUAUCAUCAGGCAAGACUCAGAGUAACAGUUCAGAAAGUGGAGAGAAACUGGUUACCUUCAAGGAGAAUAUUAAACCACGAGAACAGAAUCGGAAUCAUCAUCAGAAGAAGGUAAAGGAAAGAUGGGACUACAACAAAGGAAAUGAUAUUACAAAUAAAAUGGAUGUAAAAAGAGAUAGCAAUAAAAGAAAGACUGAACCAAAGAAAAAUAAUCAGGACAAGAACCUGGAACAUGCUCGGAAACAGAAUGUGGCAGUGCAGGUAAAAGCUCAGUCUGAAUUACGAAAGACACCUGUAUCAGAGGCAAGAAAAACACCAGUGACUCAGUCACAAAACCAAACCAGCAACUCGCAGUUCAUCCCCAUUCACCAUCCAGGAGCAUUUCCUCCUCUUCCUAGCCGGCCGGGGUUUCCUCCACCUCCCUAUCUGGUGUCGCCACCAGUUACUUUCCAGAUGACUCCUGGCUAUACAUUUCCACCUGGAGUCUCCAUACCAGGACCUUUCAUCCAAGCCACUGGCCACCCUCAGUCAGGAAACCAGGUACCAGGUGGGAAGCAAUCCCACGUCCCUUAUAGCCAGCAGCGUCCUUCAGGACAAGGGCCAAUAAACCAAGGACCCCAGCAACAGCAGCAACAAUCUCAGCAACAUCAGCAGGUCACUCCAUCCCAAUCACAGCUUCAGGUUCAGGUUGUGAACCAGCAGUCGCCCACCAAGGCAGUGCAGCAGUUGGGAAAGAAUCAACACCAUCUCGGACCUCAGCAGUAUCUGCAGGCUGAUCAGACCAACCAGCUUUGGAAUCAGCAUCAUCCCGUCUCCUCUCAGCAUCAGAAGAAUUCCAUACAGAUGUCUUUGAAGCAACAGCCCUAUUACAUGCAUCAGGAUCCACUAAAACUAUUUGAAAAGUCACUUCAACAAUCACAAGUCCAGAUGGAAAAGAAUUUGAAGGCUUAUGCUAUGGAACCAUUUACACAGAAUCCUUCAGAUGUACAAAAAUUGCAGGACUUUGCAUGGGACUUUGACAUGCGACAUUUGAUGGGACAUCAGCUGAAUAAUGAUCAUAUGGUGAAACGGCACCAAGGGGUUUUCCGAAGUGACCAGGAUAAUAUGACUAGAAUGCAGUCAUAUGAGGAUGCCAAGAGCUCACCUCUGUUGCCUCCUGAUUUGUUAAAAAGUAUUGCUGACUUUGAGGAGGAGGAAGAGCUGGCUUUUUCCAAACCCCAUGAUUUCUACCAGGCCUUGGCUGGCCCUCUUGGCAGUUCUUCGGGGCGUGGUUUCUUUAUGCCAAAUCGAUCUCGGCUGGAGAGACCCUCUGAGCUGAUUACCUCUUCGUCCUUAUUGUCCUUGCCACCUUUUCCACUUAAUCAGGAGAACUCUCAGAAUAACAGCAUUUUCAGUGAGAUUUAUGGCAAGAAUCCAGCACCAAGUGGCAAAUCAGAGAAUGCACUACCACAAGCAUUCCAUGAGACCUCCUGUUACUCAUUAUUUGAUGGAAACCCUUGGUCCCCAUCUCUUCCUGCCAGCUCAGACCACUCAACACCAGCAAGCCAGUCUCCUCACUCCUCUAAUCCCAGCAGCUUGCCAAGUUCUCCACCAACUCACAACCAAAACUCAUUUGCUGGCUUUGGACCGAUUGGAACACCUGACAACAGUGAGAGGAGGCUGACUGAUCGGUGGAACAUGAAACGUACAGACAAGCCAGUAAUGAGCGGAUUUGGCCUGGACUAUCUACCUGCUGCAUCCUCCUCUUCAGACAUCACCUGGCAUCAGGUCAAUACUCCUAGCAACACCUGGGCUGCCCCAGACACCACGCUGGAUGACUCGUCCACACUGCUCAUGGACAGUUUCAAGUCAAUCUGGUCAAGUUCAAUGAUGCAUCCUGGACCUUCUGCACUGGAGCAGUUGCUAAUGCAGCAGAAACAGAAGCAACAGCGAGGACUCGGCACACUGAACCCACCACACUGAGAGGCACAAUGGCAUGACCGGUGAAUCCAGGUUACACAACUCAAGGCAUGUUGGGUUUGCACUACAACCCACAGUCCCCUGCAGGUGGCAGCCCUCUCUUCUCUGUGUUUUCUUGCUGUAGAGAGGGCGUAAGCACUCCACCAGUGCUGCGUGUGCACAAAGCUGCUGCUGAGGAAAAAAAACAAAAAAAACAUUACAUGCUUCCUGUCACUUCCAGAGGAAGGUCCAUCACCCGCCUCACUCAGUUAUCUCCUAACCACUUGAUUCUACUGAAAGAUGUCCUAUGUUCUUCUCUAUUUUAUACAUCUCUAAUAUGGUUGGGCAAUGGAAGGAGAUGAAAUGGGAAGGAAACCCUAAGUGGGCUGAGGUAGUGUUAAAUAAAAUAAAAGGAGAAUCAGCUAAUGAAUGCUCUGCUAGUGAGGAUGUGGUUAAGUUUUUUAAAUCCUCUAUCAUCUUGGUUUUUGAGAGUGAUCAUUUUCUGCUCUGUUAAGGAACAGGUGUUCUUGUAAUCUCUAAAUGUAGUGACACUGGCCCAUUUGUCAGCUUUCCUCAAACCUAUUACGUAAGGACGUGGAGGCAUUCUGUUAGUAAAUUUAUAUGAAGGCAACUUUUCAGACAGGCAAGGGUUUUGUGUGUUUGAAAGCAGCUUCACAUCACUGCACCUUUAGCUAAUAGAUUUUUUAAAAGGAAAAACUAGUUGUUAAUGUCAAUAGCUGCAGUAGUAAUUACAAUAUUAAAUACUUGUGAUACUGUUCUGUAGCAAUCCUAGCUAAAAUGUUGAUAAGAUGUGCAGCAGAGAGCUCUGCUUAAAAGAAAAAAGCAGUAAUUGCUAAGGAUUUUAAAUUAGUGGUUUUUGAUCAUAACAGUAGCUAUAAAUUUUACUAUAGCGUACCAACCUUGAAAGGGGUUAAUUUAUCUAUUUAGUUCUAGUUCUGGCUUCUUUUAAUUAUUAGAUAAAAACAGCUUUUGUCAGCUUCUGUCUGAUGGUAAUUUUUAUUCCCGAUUUGGCAGUGUCUUUCAAAGUGGAUAAAGGGUCCAGCAAUGCUGCUGGUUCAGCAAAACGGGGCACAAAGCAGGUAUGUGAGUGAGUAAGUGGGCCACUUGUACUUGUGGGUGUUUGUUACUGCAUGUGGCCACCUGCUACUCCAAUUUAAAAGAAAAAUUAUAUGAAAAGCAUGGGUCAUACACUGUGGUCAUCUUAUCAGUAAGUUUUGGGCUCUUGAAUGUAACAAACAUUUGUCCUUUUUGAGCUUUGUGGAAAGAUCUGAAUGUAUUGUUUGCAGACUCAUGUGAAAAUGUCUGUUAAAAUCAUUCUUCAGUAAUGAAAAGUACUUACAGUAGAAACUCUCAGUUGAAUUUCUGAUGGCAAAAGCUGAUGUAAUUACAGGAAAACAAUGUUUUCUGUUAUUUUGCAAUUGAAGAGUUACAUCGUCUGAGUUACUGAGAGCUGUUCAAAAUCAAAAUCUCAUGCUUGUGGGGGAGAAGUACAGAGCUCGGGUGGGGGCUAUGACAAUUCGGGUCAGCUUGGUAAGAAGUGCAACACUAGAAAGGAGGUGUAGAAAAGGAAUUGUUUUUUUUUGAGAAAUGAUAUUUAACAACUUCUUCACAGUAUGAAGACUUAAAAGCAACUGAGACAACCUCCACUCCCUAUUUUUCUUAAAAAAAAGUCCAACAGCCAGUUAGAGGUAUAGCUCCACAGUCAACCCACUGAAACAUUCCACCAUUCUGCUCUGGUCACCUAAAUCUAAAGCAAUUCUGGUACUGAAUCACCUCACCCUCAGGUGUACUCACUGAGCUGACAAGUCCCAGAAGGUUAGCAGAAGUACCAGGGCAUGAAUUCACAACCUGCAUGCAUGUAUGCUGUUCAGAAUAAUUACAUUUCUGGGGAACAGGAGCACUGCAAGAAAGAUUAUAGGGCCCUUGGGGACAAAAACAUUUCUGUUCUGAGCUUUUGUGUUCAUGUCUUUUUUGUGUAAGAACUUGUGCAGCAAUUGCUGGAAUCAGCUUUGCCUUCAAUAAAUGAAACCAUGUUCUAAAUAAAAGUUUAUGUUUAA